UGGGGUGUCUGGUGGGAAGGGGAGAGAGGUGUGCAAAUGUAGGGAUGGAGAGAGGGAGGAAGGGACAAAUUACCCAUGCCCCCCUUCCCACAAAAGUCUGAAAGAAGAAGCCGCAGGGUCGUGGAUAUUGCCAGUUGUUGCUUAGAACGUGCGAAGUGCGGAUGUUGUGGAUUGUGCCUUGGAAUUUGUUUUGCUCUUUUUAGUUCUCGUGGAGUUUUGCUUACUUUUUCAUCUGUGUUUGUUAUGGCCCGUUUUUUACGAGUUGAUCACGAAUAUAGAAUUAUUUAAUGAUUGCGGCGUGUUUUUAUUGAGGAUUUAUAAAGUGAUUAUUCGAAGUGGGCGAACGGUUAAUAAUUCCCCCGCUUCAAAACUACCUGUUCCGUCCGACUCGAGCGAAGAUGAGAUGUGAACCAAAAAAUGUGGACUAACUCAUAUUCUUCGAGACAUGAUUCUCGUAUCUGAAUGCUGGAGAAAGCUGAGAUCCUAAAGGGGUCUAGGAGAAAAUGUCUAUUGUUAUUUAUUCACCACUUGAAGAGGACGAUGAGCAAUCAUCUUGUCCUCCGAUCAAACAACUUCGACGAAGGAAGAGAACGAUGGCCAAGACUGGAAAUCAGUCUGUCUUAGUCAACGUCUUUCACACCGUGCUGCUGGCAGCAUGGGCCACUAGUAUAUGCCAUGCUCAGCAUGAAGGAUCUGUGGUGGCAUCCUAUCGAACAUAUAACGAUUCCAUCAACUUUACCCACGUCGUAGUGGACUAUCAGACUGGACGUGUUUACGUUGGUGCCACCAAUUGGCUCUACCAAUUCAAUUCCAGCCUAGAUGUAGAAGCCAAUGUUAGGACUGGGCCUGUAGAAGACAGUAUAUUCUGUUUUCCUACAGGAUGUGCUGAUCAGCAGCUGUCCACUAUUAACAAUGUGAAUAAAGUGCUAGUCAUAGAUCGUGAUGCGAAUAUGUUGAUAUCUUGUGGUAGUGUUCACCAAGGUGCAUGUCAGAGACACUCUUUGCAAGACAUUGGCAACCACGAGAAGCUGGUGCCUAUGCCAGUGGCGGCCAAUGACGAAAACUCUUCUACUUAUGCCUUCAUCGGACCUGCGCGAUACUCGGGUUUAUUACAAACCAGGGUCUUAUAUGUGGCUACCACGAAUAGCCGCCUGGGGCCUUACAGGGACGUCGUACCAGCCAUUUGCAGUCGAAGUUUGGAGAGCAGCAAACUGUUCACCAUCAUCGAGCGCUCCUUUUCGUCCAUCGCGCGCGUUGAUGUAAGUUUUCACCUUCGCGAUUAUUACCUUGUGAACUACGUUUUCGGUUUUGAUUCCGGUGACUACGUGUACUACGCUACCGUGCAGCGCAAGUCCCAUCUAAGAGCCCUGGAGGAAUGGGGCUACAUAACUAGACUGUCUCGCGUUUGUGUGUCCGAUGUAGGUUACGACACUUACACGGAAGUGACGUUGCAGUGUGUUGGUGAAGAUGGUACGGAUUUUAAUCUUCUGCAGGAUGCUAGUGUUAUCAAAGCGGUGGGUGAUUUGGCCGCAGAUUUGAGAGUGGACCCGGGAUCAGACGUGUUGGUUGGAGUGUUUGCUGCGAGUAAAGACCACACGACUCGACCCGGUGCCCACUCUGCUGUGUGUGUUUAUUCCUUAUCAGAAAUAGAGCAGAGAUUUACUGAAAAUAUUCACAUGUGUUAUAAUGGAAGUGUGCUAACCAGAGAUAUGGAUUAUAUUGCUGGCAGUAUUAACCAGUGCCCUGAACCAGGGAAAGCUGGAAACAUACUGAAUUUUUGCAAUGAAACAGUCAAACUGAAUGGAUCCGUGCCAAUAUCAUCCUUAGCAGCUAUAGUUUAUUCCAAUACCACCCUUACUAGCGUAGCCAUGACUACCACUGGUCAGCAUACUGUUGCAUUUGUUGGUACAGGGGAUGGAGUGCUGAAAAAAUUGCUUGUAACAAGUAGUAUGGAAGCUGAAGAAUUUGAGGAAGUAGUUGUAGAUUCUGGUAAUCCAAUAAUAGGUGAUGUUGUUUUAGAUCCUACUCAACAAUAUGUUUAUGCAGCUUCACCUUAUAAGCUAAGCAAAAUACGUAUUGAAACUUGUCAACAAUAUAGUACCUGUGAUAAAUGCCUGCAAGCCAGAAAUCCGUACUGUGGUUGGUGCUCGCUUGAAAGGAGGUGUACAAUCAAGGUUGCUUGCCAGAAUGCCACAUGGUCAUUUAAUGAUCGUAGCUCCCCCAGGUGGUUAUCCUUAGAAACAAAACAAUGUAUAGAUUUUCAGGCUGUAAGACCUGAUCAGCUGCCUUAUAAAAGCAUGUCUAUAGUAGAAUUAGUGAUUCACCAGUUGCCACAACUACCAUAUGCUGCCCAUUACUUAUGCGUAUUUGGUGAUGGUCCACCUAUUCAGGCUAGAGAAACACACACCGGAUUGGCAUGUAUGACACCAGUAAUGCCAGCAAGGCCCCCGAUUUUACCUACAGAAGAUCACGUAACUGUUAAUCUUGCUGUUCGGUCGAGUGAAACAGAAACUGAUUUUAUCCAUCGACCUUUUGUGUUUUACGAUUGUGAAGUACAUCGAACAUGUAAAGCGUGUGUAACUAGUUCAUGGGCUUGUAGUUGGUGCGUUCAUGAAAAUACAUGUACUAGCAAUGCUACUACAUGUUCCCGGAGAGUUAUUGUCGGAGAAAGUAAUCCUCAGAAUUCUCUUAUAAAAGGUCGUCAGCAUUGUCCAAGUUUCAACAUAGAUGAUGAAAUUUUACUACCGAAUGGUGUUCGCAAAGAAAUCUCCAUAGGUAUCAAGAAUUUAUUAACACCCUUGGAAGGUUUUCAAUGCGUAGUUGAAAUUGAAGGCGCUAAAGAAAGGGUAUUUGCUCGUGUCAGGGAUAACACAGUUAUAUGUGCUGAGAACAUGUAUUCAUAUGAAGCUGAAAUUGGACAAGUACAAGCAUCAUUGACUGUGUUAUGGAAUGGAGAUACAUUCAUCGAUAAAACAAAUGUUACUCUUUAUAAAUGUCACCUUCUGGGAAGCCAUGGUGGUCGUGCUGAUUGUUCCUUAUGUAUGACCAGAGAACGCAAGUAUCAGUGUGCUUGGUGUGGUUCAUCUUGCAGUUACAGUGAAAGCUGCAUUGAUCCUGUUGCCACAUCUUGUCCUCCACCUCACAUAGACUGGAUUCAUCCACUGAGUGGUCCUUUAGAGGGAGGUACUUUAGUAACAAUCGAAGGAAGUAACUUGGGGUCAAGCGAGGAAGAAAUACAGGAUAAAGUUACUAUAGGAGGAAUCCCUUGCAUACCCGUAGAAUACAGCAUAUCUGUUCGAAUUGUUUGUCGAACUGGAGUGAACAUGAAUGGACCAAUGGCAGCUGCAGUUGUUGUAGGGAACAGAGCUGGUGUGACUAGAGCUCAGGAAAAAUUUCAUUACAAGGCUAUCGAACUAACUGGGGUUUAUCCAAAUGUUGGACCUCAGUCAGGUGGAACUAGACUUUAUCUAAAGGGAACUAACCUAAACAUUGGAAGCCAAAUUGAAGUUAUGCUAGAUGAUUUGCCUUGUCGAGUUGAGAGAUCUUUAGCAAGUAGUAGCCAAAUAAGCUGCAGAACUUCUCGUUCUUCUGUGCCUUCUUAUGUAGUUUCUCAACUCGUACUUCGAAUAGAUGGUGCUAAUAUAACGUAUCCUAAUCCUUUCACUUACACUUCUGAUCCCACAUUGCGGUACAUUCACCCAUUGAAAAGUUUUAUGAGUGGAGGACGUUAUGUCAAAGUGAUGGGCACAAACCUCACAUCUGUUCAGCAGCCAAGAAUGAUGGUUUUUAAUGAACAUAACGUGGUUAAUGAAACGGUAUGCCAAGUUACUAAUGCAUCAACCAUGUUGUGCCCUUCACCAGCUGUACGCCCUGAUUCACUGAAAUUGCGUAGUCAGCACUGGCGCAGCUAUGACGAGAUGCGUUUGAAGAUAGGUUUUGUCAUGGAUGAUGUACAGCCAGUGCGGGAAAUGCAGAAUUAUUUCCCCACCCUUCCCAAUGAAAUAAUCUAUGUUCCUGAUCCUAAAUUUUAUGUCCUCAGCAAAGAUGGAGUUAAACUGUACAAAGGAGAAUCUUUAGUCAUUGAGGGAGAAAACAUGAGGCUCGCUAGUACUGAAGGUGAAAUCAAUGUUACUAUUGGUACCCGUUCCUGUAAUCUCACUUCAUUAAGUAUGACACAACUUGUGUGCUUGCCACCUGAAGUUCAACCUCCUGGUACAGAUGAAAUGGGAAGAAGAACUGAAAAUAGUCUGCCCUUGGUUGUUGUAAGAGCUGGAACAAAUCUUAGAUACCAAAUUGGUUACCUGCGAUACGAAGUUGCUAAAACGUCAGAGUUCCCACCAGAAGCUAUAGGAGGGAUCGCAGCUGGGGGUGCCAUACUUAUGCUUCUUAUUCUUGGCAUACUUGCUGCUCUGAGGCAUAAAAGCUCACAAGCUGAAAGAGAGUAUAAGCGUAUUCAGUUGCAGAUGGAUACUUUGGAAAAUAGCGUCCGUUCAGAAUGUAAACAAGCUUUUGCCGAACUUCAAACUGAUAUGUCGGACUUAAACAAUGAUAUACAGGCAACUGGUGUUCCAACUUUAGAUCACAGAACAUUUGUAAUGAAAGUAUUUUUCCCUGGUGUAGCUGAUAAUCCUGUCAUCGAAGAAUGCAAACAAAUGAAUGGUCCACAGAACAUGUAUGAAAUUGCUAUGGCUCAAUUUGAACAACUUCUGUGCAAUCGAAACUUUUUGCUUGCAUUUAUCGAGACUUUAGAAGAACAGAAGUCUUUCAGCAUCAGAGACAAGGUGAAUGUUGCCUCAUUACUAAUGAUUAUUUUCUUGGAAAAAAUGGAAUAUGCUACUAGCAUUUUGAAAGAAUUGUUACUGCGUCUGAUUGAUAAGUAUGUUGGCACCAAGCACCCUCAACUCAUGCUUCGAAGAACUGAAUCAGUUGUUGAAAAGAUGUUAACUAAUUGGAUGGCUCUGUGCAUGUAUAACUAUAUAAAGGAUCAGGCCGGUGGUUCCCUUUUUCUUUUGUUCAGUGCAAUCAAACAUCAGGUUGAGAAAGGUCCAGUAGAUGCUAUAACCCAUGAUGCUAGAUACUCUUUGUCUGAAGAAAGAUUACUGCGUGAACAAACAGAAUACUCUCCUGUGACAAUACAAGUUAUACAUGAGGAUCAAGAUGAGAAAAUGCAAUGUAAAGUAAAUGACUGUGAUACGAUUAGUCAAGUUAAGGCAAAGAUAUUGGAUUCUCUGUAUAAAAAUACUCCUUUCUCCCAAAGACCUUCAAUAUAUGAUGUGGAUUUAGAAUGGAGACAUGGUAGGGGAGGUCACCUGAUCCUUGCUGAUGAAGAUCUCACAGCCAAAGCAGCCAAUGGCUGGAAGCGUAUUAAUACUCUCGCACACUAUGGAAUAAGAGAAUCGGCCGUCAUGUGCUUGGUUGCAAGACGGAAAGAUAUGCUCAACUGUCUUCGAUCAGCGUAUAACGGUCCUUUGAUAUCUGGUUCACCUCACAUGGGGAAUUGCAUCGAAGAUGGCCCUAGAGUUCGAUACUGGCAUCUAGUCAGAAAUUUGGAUGACCACCAUGACUAUCACAAAGAUCACUGCCAUAAAGCUAUCCCAGAAAUAUUCCUAACCAGGCUGCUAUCUACAAAAGGUACUAUCCAAAAAUUUGUUGAUGACUUUUUAACCACUAUUUUGUCUGCUAAAGAAUCUCUACCACCUGCAGUAAAAUGGCUGUUUGAUCUGUUUGAUGAAGCAGCUGCAAGAUAUGGUAUAUCAGACCCUGAAGUUGUUCAUGCUUGGAAAAGUAACAGUUUGCCUCUGAGGUUUUGGGUAAAUUUGGUCAAAAAUCCAGAUUUUGUGUUCGACAUAGAGAAAACACCGAUUGUGGAUUCAUGCUUGUCUGUUAUUGCUCAAACAUUUAUGGAUUCUUGUUCAACAUCUGAGCACAGAUUAGGAAAGGAUUCCCCAUCCAAUAAGCUCCUAUUUGCUAGAGACAUCCCCACCUACAGGAAAAUGGUAAACAGGUUUUACCAAGACGUUGCCAAUCUUCCUCCUGUCACAGAGCAAGAGAUGUGUGUGUCCUUACAAAUGCUUUCAAUGGCUCAUGCUGGAGAAGUUGAUAGUGUAAAUGCCUUAAAAGAAUUGUAUAUUUAUGUCUCCAGAUAUGGAAAUCAAAUUUUAGAGACUCUUGACUCAGAUCCAGUAUGUCAGUCACAACAUCUGGCUGGAAAGUUAGAAACAGUAGCCUACACAAUAUCUGGAGGUGAAGCUUCACUGUGUUAAAAAGCCUUUUGUUUUCGUUUUAUGGAUGGCCAAAUGUUUACAAACUCUUUUGCCCCUCCAUAAAUGAAGUGCACUGCAUGUGACAACUACAAUCAUGUUUAUUAACUGCUGUAGUUCGAAAAAGGAUAAAAAAAUAUUAAAACGAGCAAACUCUCUCCCCGUCUCGUACUUGUGAUCAAGCCAUUUUGUAUACUAUUGUUGAACUCGUAUGUGAUGAAGUGUAUAUAUUAUAUAUAUACAAAUAUUAUCUAUAGUUUUUUGGCUCCUAAAAAAACACAGCAUCUCAGCAUUUUGUUAUUUGAAAACAUCUUUUGUUAUUUAAAUAUGUGAACAUGUUUGGUAAAAACCAUUGCAUUCACUUUUUUGUGCAUGGUAUGUAUCUUAGUCACCGCCUGAGCCGGUCUCCCCUUGACUACGAACUCGUUGGUCGAAGAAAGAAAAAUUCUAUUACUCCGUGCCACUUUUUCCUCUGCCAAUGCUGUGCACAUUUUAAAAAAGAAAUCUUUGUGUGUAAAAGAAGUCUUUCGAAACAGAUAAAUAAUUAUUUGAUACUAUAUUUAUUUCUUUAAACAAAUGUUUGAAUGCCUUCUCUUCAUUAUGGAAUGCGGAGACAAGUAUUCUUUUAGUCAAAAAGGAAGAAAGAACUAUACAAGUCUUUCGAUGAAAAGACUUCUCUAAAAAGAAGAGUCUUUAAAAUACGUAUGUACUUAAGAACUUUAUGGAAAGGCCUCAAUUUUUCAGUAAAUGAUAACAUGGAAAAUAUACUUGACAUAUGAAAGUGCUGUACUAUUUUAUAUUUCAGACUUUGUUAUCUGUUAUAAUUUGACCUAAAAAAAUUUUUAAAGCACUUUGCAGUUUUUAAUAAACCACUUUGUAGGAAGGAGAUUGCUAAGGAAAGUUUUUUUUUUGUUUUUUUAUAACAACAUAGAUUUAUUAUUCAUGUUUUAACAAUAAAGAUGAUGAGAUUUUUCUCAUUUUAAUUUUUUUUUAAAGGCUAUGAUAUAUUAACUUAUAAGAUUAAACUAUUAAAUCUUUCUCUGAACAGAGAUAAGAAACUACAUCUUUGUGACUCAUAGCAUAAUUUGAAAACUAAAACUGAAUUGAAGUUUGAUAAAAAAAAUUUAUUUCUGAUAUUUGUUUCAAAAAAGUUAAUGUUUGUAUAAUAAUUAUGUCAAUGUAUUUUUUAUAUAUGAUUUUAAUAUGAUGAUGCCAUUAUUUUUUUGCUUUUUCAAUCUUAUUCUUUUUAUUAAUAUACAUUUAAUUUUAAAUAACUCAUUUUGGGGCUCUUUUUAUUUUAAAGGAAAAAAAAGUUUUAUGUGUCGAAAUUUUACUCACUUUAAAUUAACCGAUUCUCUAUAAAUUUGAUUUUUUGCAAAAUACUCCAUUAUUAAUUUUUGCUUCGUUUUUGUGUAAAUUUAAGUUAUUAUUUUCCUAUAAUUAUAAGAAGAAAAAAUAUUUUAUUUCUUUGGAAAAUUGGUGUGAAUAAAAAAGUUUUUACUUAAGUUAUGUUUGUUUUAAAUUAACUAACAAAUCAUCAGGAAAACUAAAAUCAGAGAGCUGAAAAAUUUUAGGCUUCUUUCUUCAAUAUGAGUUUAAUUUUUAUAUAAUGUAAAUUAUGUAUAUAAACUGAAAAUGUAUAAAUUAUAAAAGUGUGUAUAUGAAUCUAGGAAGAAAUAAAAAAAAUGAUUGAAAUUAUUUAUUGGCAUUAAGAAGAUUGAGUUUGUUGAUGUAACAAAUUGAAAUUUUUGUUCCUAAGCUUUUCAAUUAGUUCCAAAUUUGAAACUGGAAAUAGAAUGGUGCUUCAAAUAGUUAUUUAAAACAAGUUGAACAAAAUUUAAUAUUUUUUAAAUAAUGUAUCUAACUAGUAUUUCAAUUUCUUUACAUUUCAUUUGCAGUUUAAAUUUUAUUUGCAGUUUCAUAAAUGCUGAUAUGAGUGAUAAAUUUUUAAAAUUAAAGCGUUUUUUUUUAAAAAAGUACUUUUACCGUAUAAAAUUACAUCUCUUAAGGACUUAAUUCUUUUGAGUUAAUCUUAAUUCUUUUGAGUUAAUAACAAUUCAAGAGUUAGUGGCAAUAUGUCAAGCCACAUUUUUAAGGCAUUUUUGGGUAAAAAGUACAGCGAUAUGCACACAGGUAAUAAAAUAUUUCUGUGCUAUCGAAACUUUUUCUACCUAUCUGGAAACAAACAGAUUGAUGUAACAAUGUCAUCUUCAUCAGAAGGGUGGCUUAUUAGUUUAUCAUCCCAAGCUCUUCAAUUAUGUCAUUAUUUAUUAUGUUACAUGUUAUUAAUUAAACAUGUUAUUAAAUAUUCAUGUCCAUUAUGCAUACAUACUUUUGCCAUCCUUACCUUUUCUAUACUAAUAAUAAAAAUGAUAGUUCCAAUAUGAAGAAAAUUCUUAAUUUUUGACCUAGUUUUUUAAUAUUUAAAACGGAAUUAUCAUUGUUUUGAACUCGUAACAUUUAAGAAUUAUUCAUAGGCUUUAGUUUAUUUAUAUAUUUUCUUAAUCUAGGUGUAAAAAAAUGGAAUAAUUUUUUAAAAAUAUUUCAAAUUUUUGUUUUUAAAAUUAUUCAAUUCUUGUAACCAACAUAUUAAAAAAACUUUUUUCUUUUUUUCAGCAAUUAAAUUUAGGCUUUAUUUUCUUGGCAAUUUUUUUUCUUAAAAAUAGAGCUUUUAAUGCAAGGUAAUAAAUCUGCUGUUUCUAUUGUUUAUUUUGAAAAGAGAAAUUACAUUCAAAAUUCUUUUUCUAUCUUUAAAAAUUAGAUUUCUUUCAUAAUUUAAAAAUCACACUAAAUUUACAAUUCAGUAAAAAUAAAUUAUUUUUAAAGUAAUGAACAUAAAAAAGCACUUUUUGAAAAUUGAAAACGAAAUCAGGCAACAGCAUUUCAGCAACAAUUAAACCUGCACUACUUUAUUUAAUGUGAAUUCUAGUCGAUUGAAAAAAGUCAGUAGAAAUUACAAUAUCGACAUAAUUGGAAUCUAAAUUGUUACGACAAAUUUGAACUAAAAAUUAAGAAUGCUUUAAACAAUAAAAAAAUUAUUAUUAAUUCAAAUUUCAUUGCAAAUCUACUGGGAAAUAUUCAAUCUAAUUUAGACUACUUUUUUUGUUGUCUUCCAAAUAAUAUCUGUAAAAAACUUUCAGCUGCCUUUUAUGUUAAAAGGUAUUGGGAUUUCAUUGCUUAGAACUGUAUUCUUUAAGUGAGAUCAUGUUCAUUGUUAACACAGGGUUUCAUUUUGCGUUAGUGCAUAAGCUGUAUUGUUUUUGUUUACAUUGUUUUUGUGGUAGCCAGGCAGUGAUAUUCAGUGUUAUUUGUGUAAAAUCCAUUGUUAUUUUUCGGUAUCACUUAUUGUAUUUUGUACAUCAUGUCUUUAAUUUAAACUUAUAGUGUUUAAAACUUGCAUUAAUUUUAUUGGUCCAGUUUAUUAUGAAAUGUACACUAAAAAUUUAAUUAACUGGCAAUGAAUGAGAAAUUGUUUAAAUUUAUCAUUAUUGUUGAAAAAGUAAUUGGUAUUUUAUUUAUAUUAUCAGAUAAAUUUAUUUUUUAAAAUUCAAGUAAGCAGUAAAUUUAAAAAAUGUCCACAUUAUUUCAGUCUGUAGCUUUCUAAUGACUUGUUUCUGGAAAAUAUUUAAUUGAAAUUUGAUCUGACAUUAACUUUUUUUAAAAAAAAAUAUGUCUUUAAAAUUUUUAUGAAUAGUUUUUGUAAAAGCUGUGAAAUUAUUUCUAUCUGUUAAGGAUGCAGUUGAAAACAUGGUACAGAAAAUAUCUGAUAGCACAAACGAGGUUUACGGAAAAUUCAGGCUACCCUGGAAAAGUUUUUGAGUGAAUUAAAAAUAAAUGCUACAAAAUGUUUUUAUUGUAGAAUAAAAUGUGACACUUAACAUCAAUGUGCGUAUUUAUAAGUUUGAAUUUUGAUUUCUAGUAAAAACACUAAUAGGUUCUAUAUUAUUGAAAAUUAUGUAAAGACUUUUGAAUUGAAGUUCUCGGGAAAAGGCUUAAGUAAAUCCAAAUUUUGUAAAAAAAUAAAUAAUACAUCUUUGAUUCAGAACAAUAUAACUUCCCAAACAAGCAACUGUGAAAAAACGGAGCCAAAUACAUUAGUUCUCAAUUGAAUUGAUAAACUAAUUAAUCGCAUUGCCUAUUUUAAAUUAAUUUUGAUCUUGCCCCAAUUGUUAACUAACUUCAUUGUGUAACUCCGAGCUGUUAUGGUACCUAAAAUAAUUUAUUUUAGUCUACAUAAAGAAAUCAAAUGGGGACAUAAGUAAUGCUGGACAAUCAAAUUUUUUCUGUACAUUUCAUUUCUUUAAACUAGUUGGAAGUAAAUGAGAGGAAGAAAUUAACUCGUGCAAUAUAAGCUUUAGAAACUGGAGAAUUAGUUACUGCCUGUCUACUACCUGCUUUUUUUGUAUUUUUAUGUUCUUUUAAAGCUAUGUCUCGAUUUAGUGAAAGGAAGCAAUUAAGUGAUGUGUGAACAUCUGGUUAACCGGCUUGUGAGCUGGAAAGUAUUUUUUUACUCUACCCACUGUUUUGUCCUUGAAAUUGUGGGAUGAUGCCAAUAAAGUUUUAACAUAAUAUGUAA